UCAGCAUGAACCCCAAGAUUAAGAAUGAACUGAUGAAGAAGAAGGAGAAAGAAAAAGCAGAAACUGCAAGAAUGAGAAAAAUAGAGGAGAGGGCGAUGAAGAUGAAGAAACAGAGAGAGAUUCUCAGAUCAUCAGAAGGAGGUGUUCCACACAUUUCAGACAUUAGGAUUGUGUUGCUGGGAAACAGGUAUACUGGAAAGAGUUCAUGUGGAAACACCAUCCUGGUCAGACAGGAGUUCCAGACUCCAGGAAGAACAGCUGAGUGUGUGAAGAGAGAAGGAGAAACAGCAGGCAGACACAUCACUGUAGUGGAGGCACCUGGAUGGUGGAGUAACUUCCCUGUAGAACAAACUCCUGAGCGUGAUAAACUUGAGAUUGUCCUCAGUGUGUGUAUGUGUCCUCCAGGACCCCAUGCUCUACUUCUGGUCAUUAAUUUGAGAAAAGAAUUCACAGAAACACACAGAAGAGCAGUGCAGGGACACAUAGAGCUUCUGGGUGAGAGAGUCUGGAGCCACACUAUACUGUUGUUCUCCUAUGGGGACUUUCUGGGAGACACAAGCGUUGAUGAGCAUAUUGAGAGAGGAGGAGAGGCUCUGCAGUGGGCUGUAGAAAAAUGUGGCAACAGGUACCAUGUUUUAGACAAUACGAAGAGUGACGUUGGUCAGGUGACAGAACUACUGGAGAAGAUAGAAGAGAUGGUGAUGGUGAACAGUGGUCAUCACUUUGGCUUUGAUAACAACAUGAUGAUUACACUGACGGAGAAGAAAGAGGAAGAAAAGAGAAGAGCAAAACAGAGGAAGAUGAAGGUGCAGAAACAGAGAGAGACCUUCAGAUCAUCAGCAGAGGGCCUAAGCAACAUGAAGGCUGUGUUGCUGGGAAGCAGGUAUGCUGGGAAGAGUUCAUGUGGAAACACCAUCCUGGGCAGACAUGUGUUUGACACUAACAGAAGAACAGCUGAGUGUGUGAAGAGAGAAGGACAAAUAGCAGCAACAUGCAUCGCUAUAGUGGAGGCACCAGGAUGGCUGAAUUGCUGCUCUGCACUGCAAACACCUGAUCGCGACAAACGAGAGAUUGUCCUCAGUGUGUCUUUGUGUCCUCCAGGGCCCCAUGCUCUACUCCUGGUCAUUAGGGUGGAUGAAUCAUUCAUCGAAUCCAACAGAAGAGUCAUGCAGGAACAUGAGCUCCUGGGUGAGAGAGUCUGGAGUCACACCAUAGUGCUGUUCACCAGAGGGGACUUCCUAGGAGACACAGGCAUUGAGCAGCACAUUGAGAGUGGAGGAGAGGCUCUGCAGUGGGUUGUAGAGAAAUGUGGGAACAGGUACCAUGUUUUAGACAAUGAGAAGAGUGGUGGUGGCCAGGUGACAGAGCUGCUAGAGAAGAUAGAAGAGAUGGUGAUGAUGAACAGUGGUCAUCACUUUGGCUUUGAAAACAACAUGCUGAUUACACUGACGGAGGAGAAGAAGAAAGAAAAGAGAAGAGCAGAGCAGAGGAAGAUGAAGGUGCAGAAACAGAGAGAGACUCUUAGAUCAUCAGAAGCAGGUGUUCCACACAUCUCAGACAUGAGGAUUGUGCUGCUGGGACAUGGAGCUGUAGGAAAGAGUUCUUGUGGAAACAGCAUCCUGGGCAGACAAGAGUUUCCAGGACGAACAGUGGAGUGUGUGAAGAGAGAAGGAGAGACAUCAGGCAGACACAUCACUGCUGUCGAGGCACCAGGACAGUGGGCAUACAGUGUAGAGUACACUCCUGAGCGUAUUAAACAAGAGAUUAUCCUAAGUGUGUCUCUGUGUCCUCCAGGACCCCAUGCUCUACUCCUGGUCAUUAGGGUAAGUGGGCCAUUCACAGAGAUACACAGAAGAACAGUGCAGGAACACUUGGAGAUCCUGGGCAAUAAAGUCUGGAGCCACACUCUAGUGCUGUUCACCUAUGGGGACUGGCUGGGAGACACAAGCAUUGAGCAGUACAUUGAGAGUGGAGGAGAGGCUCUGCAGUGGGUUGUAAAGAAAUGUGGCAACAGGUACCACGUUUUAGACAAUGAGAAGAGUGAUUGUGGCCAGGUGACAGAGCUGCUGGAGAAGAUAGAAGAGAUGGUGAUGGUGAAAAGUGGUCAUCACUUUGGCUUCAAUAACAAAAUGCUGAUUACAAUGAAGGAGAAGAAGAAGGAAGAAAAUAGAAGAGCAGAGCAGAGGAAGAUGAAGGUGCAGAAACGGAGAGAGACUCUCAGAUCAUCAGCAGGUAAGAAAUAUGUUCCUCUUCCUGUUCUUCCUCCUCCCCUGUGCUGA